UUAACAAAAAGGCAGGUUUUGGAAACUGGACGUGACGUCAGAUGGUGAUUUGCAUACUGCGUAGUAUUUAUGGUGUGAUUGACGCUGCAGUCAUCACUCUGCUCCGGUACCGACGAAACGUGUUUUUGUGCCAGUUCUCUGACUGAACCACGAACCUCUGCAGAUAUGAGUGAUAAACCAGACGUCUCGGCAGUCGAAAGCUUCGACAAGUCCCAGCUGAAGAAGACGGAAACCCAAGAGAAAAACACACUGCCAACCAAAGAGACCAUUGAACAGGAGAAGUCGGCGUAAUGAAUUCCUGCCCUCCUGACCACUGUACAUUCCGAAAGCUUUGCCCUUUUUCUGUCCAUCAUGAAUUCCAAGCUGAGGUACUUGCUAAUUGACAAACUAUGGCUGUAAAAUGCCUCACAGCUAAAUUCCAAGAUGCCCCUUGUACAAUAAGGAAGUGUGGCUUGAUGUCAGCAUGGGUUCCUGGUCAUCGAUUGCUGUGGAUUCAUCUCCAGUGUGGCAUUUAAGAGCAGAAGUGAAAUGCCAUGAAACACCCAACACUCUGUGUAACCCUUCUCUAGCCACUUGCGACUGCUUGCAUAGCAAACAGUGUCUUUUGUAACAACCUGGAAUGCACAAGUUUGUUAAAUAUGCAAAAUAAAAAAUGUAAACUGA